CACCGUCCGGUGGGUCUCGAUUAUAACUGUUUCUUGUCUCGGUCUCAGCCCGACCGUCUGCUCGCAUUCGCCUCCGUUCCAGCCCUUCUCCAUUUAAGCCGCUGCUGCGCUUCUGGUUCUGCUUCUGGACUUGUGGUGUUCACGACUGCGCUUUACGUGAUUCGACGCAGAGCAUGACCUCGGCGGAGUUCGGGUGCUCGACGAUUCUUGCUUUUUGGCAGUGGACGUGAAUUUUGUUGGGAGCUUUAUCGCACUCGCACGCUGCGGGUUUCCGGCAUUCGGGUGCCCGCAGAUCUGAUAGGAGGCGUGGUGGCUUUAGCGAGAGCAAGAGGAAAAGUGAGGCACGAGACGGCGGGGCAUCUGCGACUGAGCCAGUAGCUCGCGAGCCCAUUUGGAUUUCGGUGCUGGUCUGCUGCUUGAAGCUUUUUCUUCUGCUUGCCCGUGGUGUCUACGGUUACGUGUUUUAACUUUACGACUCCCUGAGGCUUGGACUCAUAUAAUUCGCGCGAGCGUUCUCAGGAUUUCAAAACGGUCUUGCAUUCGGAAAGCGCUCCUCGAGGAUCACGGAUAUAGAGGCUGCUAGAGGAUAAUAUCUCCUCCGAGACUGGGAAGUUUCGCAUCGAGGGUCCGAAAAGCACAGCCAUCUUGGAUUGGACUUGACUCAUACUGAGCUUGACCUGGACUGGAUAGAAGAAGACACGGAUUGUGGUGUUCGGAGAACAUUCUUCGCUUCGAAGUGUGUCAUCGUCCAGAAAUCUUGUUAUUACUUUUUUAGCGUGUAAAGGUUUUGAGAAUCUUUACCGGCCUUAAAUAUCCAGACGUAUAAGUGAGACAAUCACUGAAGCAACGAGGAUUUCUUCUGCGCGAUUCAGUAGACAGGUGGGAUAGGAUCAUGGACGAAGAGACCUCAGCACUUCUUCCUGGACGCGUUUCCAGAGGUAUCGAUAGGGAUUUUGUCGAAGACUUUGAAAUCGUGUGUAAGAGGGCUGCCUGUGCCGUCACCAUCCUCACGGUUUGUCUGGCGUUCAUCAGUACAAUAUCAUUUGUGAUUUACAUCCAACCUGAAGCGCCGAUCGUUAACUUUCAGGGGUUAGAGGUCAGAGAAUUUUCCGUCUCAAACAUGAUUGACCGAACAGGAGUUCCAACAUAUGGCGUUCUUGCGGAUGCGACGAUGAAAGUGGCCUUUUUCAAUCCGUCGAUAUUCUAUGAGACAACUGUGAAAGAAGUCAUUGGCUUGCUGUCGUUUGAGCGAUUAAUCGCCUACGGCGAGGGAGAGAAGUUCGUCCAGCCGAGGUUGUCUGGCCGCGCAAUCAACAUCGACGUUGCAUCCUUUAUGAAUCAGGGUCCCAUGGUGCCUCUUUAUGGCGCUGCUCCAGCACUUCUAGAACAGAUAAGCGAGAGGGGAAGCGUAAACUUGGAACUUGAAUUGGCAGUUACGUCCGAAUUUUCCAUGUUUGAUGGAAUUGUUCGCAAGGAGUUCAACACCAACGUUAAAUGCGAUAUAGUGUUUGCUCCUGGAGACGCUAGCCACAUCCCUGGACACUCAGAAGGAGUAAUAUUGAGUUCCGUUUGCUCAGUUGUUUAGUGAUCCGUCGAAAAGUCGGGUACAGUCAUGAUCAUGUACAAAUUUCAUCGGAACAGUUUUGUAGAUGUACACAACGAAGUAGAUUUCUUGUAGUUUAGAUGUAGAAUUUUGCAGACGCGUCGGCUCGCAUUGACCGACGUUGUUAUACACGCUAUAGUUACUUUCAAGUUUGUACACGAUGGCGUUUCCAGCUCGAGACAAUUAGACCCUCAAUAUCUCCCUGUACACAAAGUCAAGACCGAAAUGCCUCCAUCUCCUAAACGUAGAGUACAGAACUAACACAUUUCAUAUACUUUUGAGUAUCAGUUGGAGCCAGGUGAAUAAUCUGUCAUACCCAUCACUGCCUCUGUUUUGAUGCGGAAAGAUUUAGACUUACUAGCUGACAUUCGAUCAAUCAUAAAUACUGUACAGUGAAAUUCAUCAGUCGCUGUGCGACAUCUAAUUUGAAAUUUUCAAUAUUUUCUUAUC